AUGACUUCAGAAAUCAAGGUUGAAGUCAGUCGGGAGGAAACAAUUAGACCAUCCUCUCCAACUCCUCACCACCUCAGAAGCACAGGCCAUCUUCUACUAGUCCAAGCCAACUUCUUUGAAUGUGGUGGGGUGGCAAUUGGACUCGGACUCAACAUUUCACAUAAGAUCAUUGAUGCUUAUACGCUCUGCAAAUUCAUUAAUAGCUGGGCUGCAAUUGCCCUUGGCUCAGCCAAUACCGACCAUGUUGUGCCUCCUGUAGAAUUUGGUGCUACAGCAUCUAUUUUCCCACCUCUGGAUUUCCUCAAUUCACCACAACCUUCCAUUGACUUUGUCAAGGAAAAUUGCAUAACAAGGAGAUAUGUGUUUGAUGCCUCCAAGAUAGCUGCUCUUAAGUCAAAAGCUCCCAGUGCUGCUGUGCCAAACCCAACUCGUGUUGAAGUAGUGUCAGCGCUCAUUUGGAAAUGCGUAAUGGAAGCAUCAAGAUCAAACUCAGAUUUUGUAAGGCCAUCUGUGUGGUGUCAAUUUGUGAACAUGAGGAAGAUAUUGCCGCAGGCCCCGGCGGAAAACUUAUUGGGAAAUCUUGUAGGGUACUCUGUAGCAAAGACAGAGGAGAGGGAAGUAGAACAUGAUGUUAAAAGCUUGGUUUCUAAAUUAAGGAAGGGCUUGGAAGAAUUGAAGUUAUCGAAGCUCGUUGGAAAGGUUGAUAUAGACACCUAUUGUUCUACCAGUUGGUGUAGGUUUCCCUUCUAUGAAGCCGAUUUUGGAUGGGGAAAGCCAUCAUGGAUGAGUAACCCUAGUACUGUAGAAAUCAAGAACAUGAUUUCAUUGGUGGAUGUAAGUGAUGGGAUUGGCAUAGAAGUGCGCUUGACUUUGAAAGAUGAAGAUAUGGCCAUAAUCGAAAGCAACCAGGAGAUGCUUGCAUAUGCUUCUCUGAAUCCGAGUGUCGUGUAA